AUGAGUUCAGAAGAUUUUCCUCCUAAUCUAGUUAAUCCUUCUAUCCCUGUGAAUCCUCCUGAAUCCAACCAAAUUUCUGCUAAUCCUUCAGACGACUCAUCUAGCCCGUAUUACCUGCAUCCAAGUGACAAUCCUGGUGCUCUUCUAAUAUCAAAAUUCUUUAAUGGAGAAAACUAUGUUGUAUGGAGUCGCUCUAUACUCAUUGCACUAACAGUCAAGAACAAGGUACAAUUUAUAGAUGGCGCAAUCAUUUCUCCUUCUGCUGAUCAACCUAUUAAGUACACAGCAUGGUUAAGAGCAAACAAUUUAGUUCUCUCAUGGUUAAUGAAUUCCAUUUCAAAAGAGAUACGCAAUAGCUUGCUAUUUGUGACAUCUGCGGCUGAAUUCUGGAAUGAACUCAAGAUCAGAUAUCUGAGAAGUAAUGGACCAAGAUUCUUCCAUCUUGAAAAAUCCUUAAGCUGCAUCAAUCAAGGUGCUCUCUCUAUGAUUGAAUAUUUUAGCACUUUUAAAACUCUUUGGGAUGAGUAUAUUAGUUAUAGGCCAUUUCCAACAUGCACGUGUGGUGUGAUGGCAACAUGUUCCUGUGAACUUUUUAACUAUCUGCAAGUAAGACAACAAUUUGAUUAUGUGCUCAAGUUCUUGGUUGGAUUGAAUGAUUCUUAUGCCUCCAUCAGAAGUCAAUUACUGCUAAUGGUUCCAUUGCCGAGAAUGUCAAAGGUUUUUUCUCUAUUGCUGCAAGAGGAAAGCUUGAGACAACUUACAAACACUGAUUCACACAAUGAAACUCAUGCUUUGAUGGCAAAGCAAUUCAGCCAACAGAAUCAUUUGCCUAGAUUUUUCAAAGACAAAGCAAAGAAAUCUGCAUCACAGUGUACUUAUUGUGGAUAUAAUGGUCACACAGUGGAAAAAUGUUUUCAACUUCAUGGUUACCCUCUUGGCUGGAAUGGACCAAAAGGGAAAAGGAAUAUUGCUUCUGCUCAUGCUGUCACUACAACCCCAGAAGCUCACAAACACGAAAGUACUGAGCAACCAAAGAUUUAUUUUACUCCAGAGGAAUUUAACAAAAUAAUGGCUCUUGCAAAUUCAUCACAACCUAAUUCUUCUUCCCAAAAUAAUGUCCAACCAACUGUUAAUCACGUCAUUUCAUCCCAUUUUUCUUGUAAGAUGCAAUCUUCUCUUAAACCAACUUUAUCUUCUUGCAAUUCAACUGUUUCUAAUCCAAAUUCCAACCUAUAUUGGAUUCUUGACACAGGUGCAACAGAUCAUAUGAUUUGUUCACCACACUUAUACCAUUCUACACCUAAGCAAAUUAAUGCAUCCAUAAAUCUUCUUAAUGGUACCACAGUUUCAGCCACUCACAUUGGCACUGUACACCUCACAGAUUCCAUAUUUUUGCAUAAUGUCUUGUGUGUUCCCCAUUUUUCCUUUAAUCUGUUAUCUAUCUCUAAACUUACUAAACAAUCUAACCUUUCCCUUACUUUUACCGCUUCUUGCUGUCUUUUAUAG